UAAUGGCGGAUUAGGUAAAAUUGUCUUUGAAAUAUUGGAGAUCUGCCAGAGUUGCUGUAGUUUCUGGCUGAAAUUUAUCCCUGUCCCUCUCGAUUGUUAUCUUUAAGAAUAUAUCAGCCACGGAUUUGAUGGCUGAACGUGAAGAAGACGUCUAUGAGAGAAAGGAAAGCAAGAAAGAUAAGGGGUAUGUGGCCUUUCGAUCUGACGAUGACAGCGUCGGCGAAGAAGAGGAAGAAGAGGCUAGACCUAAAGGCAAGAAAGUGAAGAGAGAAAAGUCAAGAUCACUGGCUCUUCGCAUAAAACCUAAAAAGCAGAAGAAGGAGAAAGAAAACAAAGAAAAGGAAAAGGAUAAGAAAAAGAAGAAGAAAUCAGAAACACUCUCACCUCCUCAGGCACCAAGGAAGGCUGUGUUUGGAGUUCCUUUGGAAGUUGCAGUCAAACAAUCCAGGUUCCCAGAUGGAGUAGAACUGCCAAGAGUAUUCAGAGAGGGGAUCGUUUACAUUGAAGAAAAUUGUCUGGAAAUUGAAGGGAUUUACAGAGUAUCUGGAAUGAAGUCUAAAGUGGACACCUUAAAAGAACUGUAUGACCAAGGAAAGUCAGUGGAUCUCACAGAGUAUGAAGCUGAAGCUGUGACCAGCCUAAUCAAGCUGUACAUCAGAGAAUUACCUGAAAAUAUACUCACCUCUGCACUGCUUCCAAAGUUCAACGAAAUAUCAGCUACACAAGAAAUAAAAGAUCAACUGGAGAAGGCCAAACUUCUGUUAGCAGAACUACCAGCAUGCAACAGGACCUUGUUGGCUUGGCUGUUCACUCAUAUGUCACAUGUUAUAGAAAAGUAUUCAUCAAACAGAAUGAAUCUACAGAACAUUGGCAUAGUUCUUAGUCCAACAAUGAACAUAGGACAUGGUGUACUGUUCAUCUUCCUAAAUUAUGUUGGUGAACUCUUCCCUGAUACAAAAAUUACAAGGUACGAUGAAUCACUUACCAUGACCAUCAGAAUGGAUGAGGAUGAGGAAGAUUUACCCAGUAGUCCUGGCGCAAUAGCAUCAGCACUGGCCAAACAAGAGGCAGUUCUCUCUCAACUUCAUGAAGAUCUCAACAUGAAAACAGACAAUUUGCAGUUUGCAGGUCAAGAUGAAAUGCUCUGGGAAGUCCAACGGAAGGUGACCCUUCUCAAGAGAAAGCUUAGGAAUGCUAAGAAGAAAAUUCCACAAACCCCACAACCAGUGGAACACCAGAAAACUCAAGUUACUGUUGAGAAGUUGGAACAUCCUUUUGAAAAACCAGCAGAGGAUAAUGGGUUAAUUGCACUUUUAGAAGCCUCUGAAGCAGAACUUUUACUUGAGCAAGAAGAGUUGACUCUAAUUGGAAAUGAGCUAAGGACACGGAUUGAAAAUGAGAGGAAAGAGAUCGAAAGAUUGAGUAUGGAAUUGACAGCUGCUAUGGCUGUAAGGGAACAAGAUCCAGACUCCACUGCAGACAGAAGUUCAGAAUCAGAUUCAUCUGAUAGUGAAGUUGAAAAUGAGGAUGACCUUGAAAGAAUUUUGGCAGAGCUUAUUGCACAAAAUGCAGAACUGGAGCGUAAGAACACAGAACUCUGCCGUAAUAUUCAUGACGAAAGAGAAGUUUGUGUAGAGCUUCAGGUACAGAUCAAAAUUCUUGAAGCCAAGCAAGAGCAGCAGACAGAUCCUGAUCUCCAGGAUCAGAACACAGAAAUCAGCAGCUCAAUCAACACUUCCAGCUCUACAGUAACUACAGUCUGAGAUAAAAGCAUGUGCAGAUCUUGAUCUGUUUAAUGGAUUGGUUGGUUGGCCUUCAAAUGAGUGAUGAAAAACUAUCUGAGGACACAUCAGCAUCACACCACAGGCACACCAUGUAGCACCACUGACAGGCUAAGUACCAGGUUGUACCAUUACUCGGCCAGUUUUUGUCAUGUACUGGAUGUAAAAGUGGCACCUUAAGCCUCUAAUAAAUACUAUAGUAUUAGUUUUAUAAGCCGGUAAUGAUGAAAUGGCUUGAAUAACAGCCAGCAUAUCUGCUCUUAAAAUUGGUUAACUCAUUACAAAUUUGAGGAUGCUCUGGACCCACAAUUCACCAAAUAUUUUUUACAACAUUUUGAAGUAAAUGAAUUCUGAUAUGCUAACUGUUCAUAAUUUUCCUUACCAGUAUAAUUGUGAAUCAAGAAUUUGUGUAAAAAUUGAAUUAACAAAUUCCUUGCUUGUUUGAUGUUUACUUUUUAUUAAUGAAAUGUUUGUUUGCAAUAUAAACUUUACUAAGUUAGUGGUAUACAAAGUUGCAUUUUUUAGUAUACAGUCACUACAUAGUUACAAUAUAAUACAACAGUUCUGUUUGCAUUAAUCUUUUACUCCCAAGACUGAUAAAUGAUACCUAAAUUUCUGAAAAUUAAUUGCUCUGGGAAAAAAGAGGAAAAUCAAGAAUCCUGACAUGUACGAUAUGUUGUCUCAAUAAAGAACAAAACAAAUUUUCUAGACUUCCAAACCAAGACAUAAUAUAGCACAUUGCAAUCUGCAAUAAAUUACAGGUAUCAAGAAGUCACAUAUCUUGAGAGUGAAAUGGUUCUCUAAUUACUACAAAAAUACUUUGAAGUUUUCUUUGAUUUUUGUAACUUGGGUGCAUCAUUUAUUUACUUAAUUAGCUUUCCAAACUUCAUCUACCUUUUUACUGAAUCUUCCAAGAAUGUAAUAAUAUUUUUCAUCAGUCACUUUCUUGGCUGUAAUUAGCAAGAUCCUGAUUUCUAAUUUUGUUUUUCAAGAACAGUGUAAAUUUAUGUAUAGAUUGUUUAAAAACUCAUUUCACGCCUAAGUUUUAUAAAACAAUAGAAAAGUGCAGUAAGCCCUGUGAGCUCAAUCCUUCAACUCCCAUGAGUGACCAAGACAGAAUUUCUCCUUACAAUAUCAAUACAGUAUCAACCAAACAAGUGAUGAGAAUAAAGAAAAAUAUCAAUUUGGGGAUUAGUUGACCCAAUGCUAAAUUCUCGAAACUAACAUUAUAAGAAUUGUAUGGUUGACAGUAAGGAGAAUUACAAAUUUGAUCUGGGAGUUAAAGGGUUAAAGUUUGUUUAUGUGGGGCAAAGCUCUGCUCUCAUUCCUCAGUAAUAAAAAAAAGUAAAUUAAAUAGAGAUGUGCACAGCCAUUAAUAUUAUUCCAAUACACUCAAUAUCAUUUAAAGGAGAUUAUUAGAUGUAUUAAAUACAAAAUUUGUUAAUUAAUUCAUAAAUAAAUUUACUAUUGUGACCUAUAAC